CGCCCUCCACAGACCCUCACUCCCCACCUUCUUGCGCCACAAGCCGGAGCCGACGAUCCGCCCGCCCGCCCGCGCCGCCGUCGACCGCCGGGAUCGGAGACAACUCUACAUUGGUUUAGAGGUUGAAGCAACUUAACAAUGAGCAGCAUCGGAACUGGGUAUGAUCUGUCCGUCACCACCUUCUCCCCGGACGGCCGCGUCUUCCAGGUCGAGUAUGCUGGCAAGGCCGUCGACAACAGCGGGACGAUCGUUGGCAUCAAAUGCAAAGAUGGAAUCGUCCUUGGUGUGGAGAAGCUGAUAACAUCUAAGAUGAUACUUGCUGGCUCGAAUCGGAGACUUCACUCCGUGCACCACAACUCUGGCUUGGCUGUGGCUGGGCUAGCAGCAGAUGGUAGGCAGAUAGUCUCAAGAGCAAAGUCAGAGGCAGCUAACUAUGAGAAGGUUUACGGAGAACCCAUGCCUGUGAAGGAGUUAGCUGAUCGUGUAGCUAGCUAUGUUCAUCUGUGUACACUCUACUGGUGGCUCAGGCCUUUUGGCUGUGGAGUUAUUCUUGGAGGUUAUGAUAGGGAUGGGCCACAGCUCUACAUGAUCGAACCUUCAGGUCUCUCCUAUAAAUAUUUUGGUGCUGCUCUGGGUAAAGGAAGACAAGCUGCAAAAACGGAGAUUGAGAAAUUGAAGCUUUCUGAGCUGACCUGCAGGGAAGGCAUCGUUGAGGUUGCCAAGAUAAUUUAUGGUGUACAUGAUGAAGCGAAAGACAAAUCUUUUGAGCUGGAACUGAGCUGGGUAUGCGAUGAAUCAAACCGUCAGCACGAGAAGGUUCCAAGCGAUCUUCUGGAGCAGGCCAAGGCAGCUGCUCAGGCAGCGCUUGAGGAGAUGGACGCUGACUAAAGACGAGACCACUAAUCAAUCAUGCUCCGAGGGCUUCCCAUUUCCUUUCACGCGUGGUGUAAUAGAUACAGGACCGGUUCAUGAAUUUCUGUUUCGGAGCUAAAACUACCUCCUCAGGAUACUGUCGCUUUGGGUUCCAUCUCGGUCGAGGUAGCAAGCAGGGCUCUCGUUGUUUGGGGUUCUAGAGGAUUGUACUCUGCUUGCAGUUUGGUCGCACAUUGAUUCUGAAUCUAUUGAACUCUGAAUGACCUUGAAAUCCAAUGAGUUCUAUCGAC